GCAAGCAAACGCUCGUGACAUGAUAACUUGCAAGCGGCCAAAACCCAACCCAGUAGAAAACAGCUUGCCAAUUUUAGCUUCGUCAAUCUGCCACCUCUUCUUCACUCCCUCUGCGCGAGGAGAGAGAAGAAGAAGGAAGAACCCCUAGAUACUGUGUUUUUGGCUAUUGUAAAUUCUCUCCUAAUCUCCCUCUACACUGCUCUUCCAUUGCUGCUCUAUCUGCUUCUCUCGUCCACCUCUUCUUCGCACGCGCAUUGCACGAGAUCGGCAUUUUUUUUAUUGAUUUGUCGUUGACUCAAAGGUUUUUGUUCUUAUAGGAUAAUUUUAGGAGAUAUUUGUCUUUUAUAGAUUUGAGUGUAUAGAUUCCCAAGUAGUUAGUAUCGAUGGUAUGUUCGCUAGGAACUGGGAGAAUGGCUGUCAUGGCUAGGCUUCUGGCUGCAGGAAGUUUAUCACAAACCAUUGCAGAGGAAAUUGGCCAACAGAAAUUGGCUAAUCAAUGCAUUUACAGAGAAUUACAUGAGGCAGAUGAAGCAAAUUUGCUUGAUGAAGAAGAUAUGCAUGUUUUUGGUUUGAAACCUAUGACUGAUCCUUUGGAUUUGGUUUGUUGUAAUGCUUGCAAGAAACCAGUGAAGACCAGUCAGUAUGCAGCUCAUGCAGAACUUUGUAGAUCCUUAAAUUCUGCAGAAGAAACGACAUUGGAGCUUGAUGGUAAUGUAGGGCACAGGAAACCUCCAAGGAAGGAGAGGAAAAAGUUAUUAACUUCUCAUAUUAACCAAGCUACACCUGUUGCAGAGCAAGGAAGGUCUGUAUCUAUAGAUGCAGAAGAUAUGGCUGCCUCUGAGUCUCAGUUGGAUGGGCGACCCAGAAGGUCAUCUUCAUUCUCCAUGGAUACAAAGAGAAAUCCUGCAUGUGUAGAUGUGGCAUUUAUGAUGGACGGUAAAGGAGAAAGUCCUGAACAUACAGAUUACUCGGCCUGUAUGAUGCCGCCUCCAACAAAACGCUUUAAAUUUGUAUCAUCAAGUCAGCAUCUGUUGUUAUCAAAUGAUACAGAAAAAGCUUCUGGCCUAACAAAAUUCACAAGUGCCCAAGACAGUUUUUCCAUCAAGGAUUUUCAAAUAGAGUCAUCUUCAGGUGGUGACUUGCCAAAUGAUUUUGCUAUCGUCUCUAAGUUCCCUGGGCAAACUCAAGGAAAUUGCCUGCUGACAAAAGAUAUUCCAGUUCCCCUUGCUACAAAAAUUUAUUACUCUCAGAGGAACAAUCGCCUUCGGUCGGCAGUUGCUCAUAUGUACCAAGCAAGUGCAGAAGUAUCACAGGAAACUAUAAUUCAAUUACCAUCUUCAUCCUGUAAGGAAUGUUCACCUGAGCAAGUGGAUAACCUUCUCAACAAGAAGAGAGAGCCUUCUGCAUUUAAACCUGAUCAAAUUCUUGCACAAAGCUCAGAAUUGUGCUUGGAUAAAUCAGGAGGAUGCAUACCAGCCACUAGCUUCUCAAAUCAGCUUUCUGUUGAUAACAUUCUAAGGCCUCAGACUGCUCCUGUAUUGGUCAGAAGCAAAUAUCUUCCAAAGCCUUAUUCUUUUGCAGGCAACUCUGGACAAUCGCUAGGGUCCAUGCAGCAAGCAAGUGGAAGCGUUCCCGUUUUAUAGGAGUCAUUGGGGUGGAAAUUUUGGCUAGUCAAAGGUGUAUUUAGUACAAUACAUAAGGUUAGGAUCUAUUUUUGAAAUUGAAAAGGCAAUUUACCAUAAUUGUUUAUUCUAACCUUCUGUAAUCCGUCUAAUGCUUGACUGCUGCUCUGUUUAUACUUACAGAAAUAAAGAAACUAUCACUUAAUAUAGCAA